AUGUCAUGGAAGACGACCAUAAUAACGUUGGGUAUAGGGUUUUUGCUAACUGCUUUCAUGUUGUAUUUGAAGAGGGAGAAAGAAAUAUAUAUGGAACAAGAGAGAACAAAAGCACUAGGCCGGGCUUCAUUAGGCGGGCCCUGGGAGUUGGUAGAUCAUGAAGGGGUCUUAAGGGGUAGCCAGGAAUUUUUGGGGAAGUGGGUCCUCAUUUAUUUCGGGUUCACUCACUGCCCCGAUGUUUGCCCCGAUGAAAUUGAGAAAAUAUGUAAAGUUGUUGAUUUGAUUGAGGCCGACAAGGACGUACCCAACAUCACUCCUCUCUUCAUAACUGUUGACCCCAUCAGAGAUGAUGUCAAGGCCGUUUCUGAUUAUAUUAAAGAAUUCUCUCCAAAGCUGAUUGGCUUCACAGGAACGAUCGAACAAAUAUCGAAGGCCGCCAAGGCUUACAGGGUUUACUAUAGUGAAGGCCCGAAAGAUGGGGAUGACGAUUAUAUAGUGGAUCACACCAUCAUCUCCUACUUGGUCGGGCCGGACGGGGCUUUCGUUGACUUCUACGGCCAGAACAAAACCCUUGACGACAUGUGUGAUAGCAUCAAACUGCAUAUGAUGAAG